AUGAAACCUGUGUCUUCUAUUAACAGUAAACGCAACAAAACUGAGAAUGCAAACAAGAAAUGCCCCAAUAUGAAAAAACAAAAGGGUGAAUACGGCCUAUUCUUCUUCACUGUGGUAAUCAACAUCAUAUUUACGAUACAGAGUCUUCUGGUGGAGAGAGUCUCAUCCUACGAGUACAAUUCAGGCACAAAAUUCUCAUUUCCGUACCUGAUUGUGUUUUUGAAGGGGUUCCUGGUCUUAUGCACCAUAAACACAUUCGACUUCAUAAUCUCAACCAGUCUCUUCAUGCACCUGUUUCUGAUGGCUGUGUUGAUAUUUAUUCAAGAACAGCUUUCAUUUCUAGGAACACAGUUGCUCACGUACAGAACAAUGCAGAUUUCAAGCACACUCAAACUUAUUCCAAUUGUGGCUGCAAAAAUAAUUGUUUUUGGAGAGAAGGUGAGUGAUCAGACACUCUACAGUUGUGUUGCAACCACAAUAGGAUCAUUCAUAUUCGCAGUGGACUUUUCACUACUCACAAAGACAGGUAAGAUCGAAUCAAAUACGAUUCUUGGAAUUGUGGUAAUUUGUAUGAUUUUAUGCAUUCAGGGAUUCGUGAAUUCAAUGCAGGAUUUCGUCUAUAGGCGAUAUUCCAUUUCAUCAGCAGUGAUGAUUCUGUAUACGAACAUAUUUAAGGUGUCAUUGAGUUUAAUACAGACACUCAGAAAUACGUCACCAAUAGUCAACUUUGUGAAGAAGGAUCCAAUUGUGGUUCUACACAUUGCUGGUGUGGUCUUGUUAGGUGCAGUUGGCCAGAGAAUCAUAUAUUCGUGUGUCAAGAGGAAUGGAACAAUCCUUACAAACUACAUCACCCUGACACGAAAGAUCAUCUCAAUCAUCUUGACUAGCAUUGUAUACGAGCAUCCACUCCAUCUCAGGCAUUUUAUUGGUCUUUCUUUCAUUGGCCUGGGCACGUGCAUUCUGGCCAUACAGAAAACCAAGACAAAUAGAUCCAAAAAUAGUUAA